AUGGUGGAAAGAGCGAAAGAAAAAGGAGUUCAAGUAAAAAUAGGAUUCGGCAGAGUGAAAAUAGGAGAUAUAUGGAGACCAUGGGAAGAGAUAGAGAGGGAGGAGGAAAGGAAAGAAGAAAGUGAAGCAGGCAAGAGGAAAGAGGAAGUAGGAGAAAGGAAUAGGAUAACGAUAAUAAAAGAGAAGGAGGAAAAGAUGAUGACAGAGAUAGCUUGGAAGAAUGAGAAACAGAGAAUUAUUUCGGUUUACGGAGCACAAGGAGGAAAGGAUUUGAAGGAGAAGUUCGAGGAACUUAUAGGAGAAGAGGAGGAAGGAAAUAUAAUAAUAGGAGGAGAUUUUAAUGUGAGGAUAGAAGAACUAGAAGGUAAAGGCAUAGGAGAACAAGAGAGACACAGUAAAGAUAAAGUAAUAGGUAAUGGAGGAAGAAAAAUAGUAGAGUGGAUAACGGAAAAUAGGCUGGUUCAUCUUGAAUGGGACAAUGGAAGGAGAUUGAGAGGAGGAGGGGACAGAGUGGACUCGGAUCACAUGCCGUUGGAGAUGGAGUUCAGCGGGGGAGAAGAAGAAAUGGAUCCAGAAGAAAAACAAGAGGAAGAAGAGGAAGUGGAAAUAGAAACGAUUCUAUGGGAUGACGAGGCGAAGGAGAUGUAUGCAGAAAGGACGGAGGAAUUGUGUAACACGGAAGAGCUAGAAGAAAAGGAAUCGGACACAUUAGAAGAAGAAUGGGAAAAGAUAAAGAAGAUUGUAAAGGUAGCAAUGGUGAAGAAAAGAAUAAAGAGAAGGAAGAAAGAGCUAGGUCAUAAAGAUUGGUGGGACAGAAGCUGCACCAGAAAGAAGAGAGAGGUAAAAAGAAUCUACAAGAAAUGGAAGAAAGGAAGAAUAGAAAGAGACAGAUAUAUAAAGGAGAAAAGAAAUCUGAAAGAACUGCUAGAGAAGAAACAAAAGGAGAAGAGGAGAAAGGAAGAAGAGGAACUGAGAAAGAUGAAAAAUGAAGCAGACGUGGAAAUAUAUAAAUAG